CGAGGCAGGUCUUUCCUGCUCUGUUGAGCAAGGUGCCAUGUCUCUGAAACUCCUGCUGCUGCUGACCCUGCUGGGCCCUGGCUGCAGCUUCCAGGGAGCCUCAGGGCCGCUGCUGGCCCGGGCGCGGAGACAAGGGCCGGUGGCCGAGGACCCAGACUUCGACGAUGAGGACUAUGACAUUGAUGGCAAUACGGACCCUCCAGAAAUGCUUGAAAACCACACCCAGGCUGUGACCCUGGGCCCCAAGCCUCUGACCACCAUGAGGACCUUGGAGCAGAGAGGACCCCCAGGGCCUGGAACUCCCGAGCCAACCACUGAGGAGUCAAUCACAAGAGAUUCUGCUAGUCUGGGUGCAGGAGGGGCAGCCACAGGGGGCCCGAGCACAGAAUUGAUCUCCCCGGGGGGUGCUGGGGCACAGGACCGUGGGAGCACAGAACUGACCACUAUAGCCCUUCCCGUCAUGGAGGCCCAGUCCACAGUGACAGUCACAAGGUCCACAGCCACAGAGGCCCUGACCACGUUGCCCACAGAGCCCCCAACCACAGAGGCUUUGCCCACGGGCCCCCCAACCACAGAGGCUUUGCCCACAGAGCCAGCCACUACCAGGGCCCUGUCCACAGAACCAACCACCACAGAGGCCCGGUCCACAGAGGCGGGUACCACAGAGGCCCUUCCCAUGGAAUCCAUCACCACAGAGGCCCUGUCCACCGAGACGGGCACCACAGAGGCCCUGUCCAUGGAACCCCUGUCCACGGAACCAGCCACCACUGGGGGCCUGCCUGUGCUGCCCAUAGUCCCAGAAAAGUCCUCCCUGAAGCCCAGUGUCGUGUCCACAGAACGGGCAACCACGGAGGCCCGGUCCACAAAAUCUGCUACGACAACAGGUCCAACAGUGAACCCUCCAGUGGUCCCCGGUGGCCCAGGGGACAUCACGACGGCGACCAACAAACGGCACGGAGGCAGCAUCAAACAGUGGGAGGACCAGCAGGCUCUGAUCCCCAGGAGCUCAGCGUCCCCGACCCCCCCAGGAGGCCCCAACAGCAUCCCCGUGAGGCAGUGCCUGCUGGCCAUCCUGGUGCUGGCUCUGGUGGCCACGAUCUUCCUUGUGUGCACCGUGGUGCUGGCCGUCCGCCUGUCGCGCAAGAACCACAGGUACCCGGUGCGCAGCUACUCUCCCACCGAGAUGGUCUGCAUCUCCGCCCUGCUGCCCGAUGGGGGGGAGGCAUCCAACACCACCCCCAUGGCCAACGGGGGUCCCCCCACCGCCAAGAGUCAGGGCCAGAAGCCAGAGGAUCGCGACGGGGACGACCUCACCCUGCACAGCUUCCUGCCUUAGUCCCACGGCACACCUGCCGUAUCCCUCGCAGGCAGCGCGUCACCGGGAGCCACCCAGACCCCAGACUUUUCUGCAGGGCUAGGGAUCUUCUGGGGAGGGGCACUGGCAGUCCCUCAAGGGGACCAGGAGCAGCCAGCACCCUGUGGCCAGUGGAGCUAAACGUAGACGCUAACCCCCCCUCUGUCGCUUCCCUAAGAUUCCCUCCGCCUACUUACCCCCACUGUCGGGGACCCUCACCUACCCUUCAUUGCUCCUCCCCCGCCCCCCCAGGCACAAAGUUCCCCUAACCCAAUUGCCAAGGGCAGACACACGGGGUUGGGGGCGGGGCUCAGGAGUGACAGGCUCCAGGUUGGGUUUUCUUGGGUGCUUCUCCAGGGAGCCUAGGGUGAGUUCUUGGCCUCUGAGGGCCCCGUGUGGACUAGAACCCGUGUGGAGACUCACAGAUGCCUCUACAAACUCUGUGUUCAGGCUAUACUCUAAUAGAGGGCCCGGGUCCCUCCACACGCCCCGCAGCCAGAGACUUCCCCCAUCGCCCGAGGCAAGAGGAAGGUUCUAGGGGCUAGCCGAGAGGCCCCAGCCGAGAUGCCACUGCAGGAGCAGUGAAAGGGCAACUCAGGGAGGGGUGCCUGAUCCCCUUCCCCUUUGCUACCAAGAAGGACCGCGCCAGCGUUCUUGAGCUCCUGCGCCUGUGCGGACUAGGCCGAGGAUGGUGGGCCCUUCGGCAUGCCACACGCCACGUGCGAUGUGCAGAUGCCACAGAGCAGCCUGGGGGCCCCUGUGUCACCAGGCCACAAAAUCCCGAAGAAAGUUCUUGUAAGCUCUUCUGUCCAACCUAAUGUCUGUGUCCCCAUCCUGGGCUGGUUCCCGCUUCGGGAGCCCGCCUGCAGCCACGACGUAUCCGUCUGCCAUCCCCAUGCUGUUGUGACAGUUUCCUCUGUCCCACGUAAGGGCCGGAUUGCUGUCCUUCUCUGUUGGCACGCGUGAGCUCGUGCUAACAGUCUCCCACAUCUGUAGGACGGGUCUUCCUCUUUGUCCUGUUUGAGACUUAAUAAAUAUGAAGUUCUGACAUGGCCUCUGGUUUGGGCUCUC